GCCGGCAUUAGAAAGGAAACCACGGGGAGACUGUACGAGGCAAGCACACAGAGCGUGACAGCGAAGAACCGUAGCGAAGAAAACGAUGGCCGUGGAACUGUACAACGCCACGGGGAGCCCGCCCUGCACGUUCGUCAGGGUCGUGGCCAAGAAGGUGGGCGUCGAGCUCACGCUGCACGACCUUAACCUCAUGGCCAAGGAGCAGCUGAACCCUGAAUUUGUCAAGUUGAACCCCCAGCACACCGUCCCCACACUCAACGACAAUGGUUUUGUUCUGUGGGAAAGCCGUGCCAUUGGCAUGUAUUUGGUGGAGAAGUACGCACCAGAAUCCUCACUGUACCCGAAGGACGUGCAGAAGCGAGCGACCGUCAACAGGAUGCUGUUCUUCGAGUCUGGCACAAUGUUGCCAGCGCAGAUGGCCUAUUUCCGGCCAAAGUGGUUCAAGGGUCAGGAACCGACCGCCGACCUGAAGGAGGCGUACGAUAAGGCCCUAGCCACCACCGUCACGCUGCUGGGAGACAAAAAGUUCCUCUGCGGUGACCACGUGACCCUGCCGGACAUCGGACUCGCCUGCACUCUUGGAGUAGCGAUUGAGGGCUCGGAGUACGAGGGCCUGGACAAGUUUCCCCAGCUCAAGGAGUACUACCAGCGUUUCAAGAAGGCCUUGCCCGAGUACGACGAGGUUGCUUCCGAAGCCCUACAACGCAUCCGGGACAUGGUGGCGCGGGCUAAGAGCGGCAAGAGCCCCCACUGACAGCCCCAAAGCGCCUUGAAGUGAAUGGCAGUGUUUCCACAAGAUGAUUUCGCCUUUAUUUCCUGUACAUGAUUGCAAACCGAACGUGCACAUAUGAAGCGUAAUAAAUAGGUGUGUUUCAAGAAUA